CACUUACAUAGAAUCUUGCCGACAAUGUCUCUCUCCAACAAGCUCAACAUCACAGAUGUCGACCUCAAGGACAAGCGUGUCCUGAUUCGGGUCGACUUCAACGUCCCCCUCGAUGCGGACAAGAACAUCACCAACAACCAGCGCAUUGUCGGUGCUCUGCCCACCAUCAAGUAUGCUAUUGAUAACGGCGCUAAGGCCGUCAUCUUGAUGUCCCACCUUGGCCGCCCCGAUGGCAAGGUCAACCCCAAGUACAGCCUGAAGCCCGUCGUUGCUGAGCUCUCCAAGCUCCUCGACGGCAAGAACGUUAUCUUCACCGAGGACUGCGUUGGUCCCAAGGUUGAGGAGACCGUCAACAAGGCUACCGGUGGCCAGGUCAUCCUCCUGGAGAACCUGCGCUUCCACGCCGAGGAGGAGGGUUCCUCCAAGGAUGCCGAGGGCAACAAGGUCAAGGCCGAUAAGGAGAAGGUUGCUGAGUUCCGCAAGGGCCUGACUGCUCUUGGUGACAUCUACAUCAACGAUGCCUUCGGCACUGCCCACCGUGGCCACAGCUCCAUGAAGGCCGCCGGUUUCCUCGUCAAGAAGGAGCUCGAGUACUUCGCCAAGGCUCUCGAGAACCCCCAGCGCCCCUUCCUUGCCAUCCUCGGCGGUGCCAAGGUCUCCGAUAAGAUCCAGCUGAUCGACAACCUGCUCCCCAAGGUCAACAGCUUGAUCAUCACCGGUGGCAUGGCCUUCACCUUCAAGAAGACCCUCGAGAACGUCAAGAUCGGUAACUCCCUCUUCGAUGAGGCCGGCAGCAAGAUCGUCGGCGAUAUCGUCGAGAAGGCCAAGAAGAACAACGUCGAGAUCGUCCUGCCCGUCGACUACGUCACCGCUGACAAGUUCUCCGCCGAGGCCAAGGUCGGCGCUGCCACCGAUUCCGAGGGCAUUCCCGACGGCUACAUGGGUCUGGAUGUCGGCCCCGAGUCCGUCAAGAAGUACGAGGAGGUUAUCGGCCAGGCCAAGACCAUCCUCUGGAACGGUCCCCCCGGUGUCUUCGAGCUGAAGCCCUUCGCCAACGGUACCGAGAAGACCCUCGAUGCCGCCGUCAAGGCCGCCCAGUCUGGCUCCAUUGUCAUCAUCGGUGGUGGUGACACUGCCACCGUCGCUGCCAAGUACGGCGUCGAGGACAAGCUCUCUCACGUCUCCACUGGUGGCGGUGCCUCCCUCGAGCUCCUCGAGGGUAAGGAGCUGCCCGGUGUUGCCGCUCUGUCCAGUAAGUAA